GCCGGGGCCGAUGCGCUACUCGCAUCUGAGCGGGCUGACGAACGCGGUGGCGUCGCCGCUUGUGCUGCACGCGACGUCGCUGUUGCAGUCGCAGCUGCGUGUGAGCAGCACUGUGCUGAGGUCGUUGCAGGCGGGCGGGUCGGCGGUGUACGUUGGCGGCGGCGUGGAACUGCUGUCGAGCGCGGUAGUGCUUGACGGCGUGUCGCUGGAGGCGUCGGGUGGUCAGACGGCGUCCGCGAUGCAUGUGGCGUCCUCGUCGCGUCUCAGUCUGCGGAGCCACUCGGUGUUCUCUGUGACGAACGUCUCGGUUGUGAGCAGCGGCGGCGGCAUUGUGCUUGGCGAGCGCCUUGCGGUGCUUGACUCGGUGCUGCGCUUCGUGGGCGUCGAGGGGUCUGUUGCGUCGUCGCUGGUGCGCUGCGACGGUGGGAUGGUCGGUGUCGGCGGGUGGCUGGAGAUGCACGACGUGUGGGCGGUGGGCGAGGCGUCGUCGGUGGCGUCGCUGUCGGGGGUGACGCUGAGCGGCGGUUCCGUGUCGAUUGCGCGCUGCACUGCCACCGGCGCGACGCUUGUCUCCGGGCUGGCGAUCACGAGCGGCGCCGUGUCGGUGCAGUGCAACCGUGCCGGCGGCCGGGUGCUGCAGAGCAGCGGCGACUACCGCUUGGCCGGCCUGCCCUCCGUGAGCGUGGUCCCGUGCGACGGCUGUGCGGCUGCGCUGGCGUGCUUUGCUGCGCUGACGGCGUCGUUCUCCGACUGCGUGUGCAGCUGCCGCGUCGGCGGCGUGGGCGAGGAGUGCCUGCCGUUCGACGUGCCGCCUGCAAGGGCCGGCGGCAGUGGUGGCGGCGCGCAGGGCUGCGUGAGUGGCGUGACGCUGACGGAGUCCGUGACGGUUGGCGGUGGGCGGGCGACGGCGUGCUUCGACUCGGUGGUGUUCAGCGGGCCGAUCACUGUGGCGGUGGACCUGCGCUUGAUGGAAGCGUUCGCUGACGUGCUGAACGUGACGCUGCGCCACUGCGUGCUUGCGGCCGGCGCGCAGCUGCGGAUUGGUGGCCUCAGCGAGAGCACGGCGCGCCUGAUGCCCCGCGCUCUCGUCAACAUGACGAACGUGACGUCGCUGGAGGGAACGGUCGUGCUGCAUGGCGCGAUGCCGCCGCACUCGAGUGUUCUGCUGGCGAACUCAACGCUGCGUGCGACAGUUGGCGGGUCGCAGUACGUGCCGACGACACCUGGCCAUGCGGGAUUGAGGUGUGGCCCCACGCUUGUCCUGGACGGCGUCCGGCUACUGUCGACGCGGUUUGUCAUGACGCGGUCGAGUCUGGUGUGUGGCGGUGCCUCGUGCGCUACGAUCCUCGUGGAGCGCGGCCUCGGCGUGAACCUGUCCAGCGUCUUCUACAUGGACAACUGCGCUGUUAUUUCGGAGACGUACGUGAUGCACGGUCUUGCGUCAGACCUGCGUGUCAGCGGCGGCUCCGUGUUCUCCAUACAGAACAGCUCAUGGAGCGCGCUGAGCAUCGAAUACUACAAAGGUGCGUGUGUGUUUGAGGACGUUGCGGUGAAAGGCGGCAGCGUGCUGCAGGUUGUGUCCGGCACGUUCCGUCUCGGCUUGCC